UUUAUGUCAAAUAUCAAAUUAGUUGGUGUCGUGUUUUUGUCAGAGACAAUUCUUGCACGCACUCAUAAAUAACCAAAAUAUCGAACGGCUGUGACGUAACUGGAGACUGUCCUUGUAUAUGUUUGUAAAUAGAGUGAAAACACGUUAGUUUGUGAUUUGUGCUCCAAAUUAUUUUGAUUUGUUAGCUGCAGUUGAAAAUUUUAAUUCCACAUGGAGUAUCAAGAAAUGUCGGUGAUUGAGGAACAUGCCGGAGCAGAGGGACUCCCUCGCAGGGAAUCGGGCAAGAGAGGUCGCAAACCGGGAAGAAAAUCCGCCGAUAAAGUUGACAUGAAAGCCAAAUUGGAACGCAGUCGUCAAAGUGCCAGGGAAUGUAGAGCUCGUAAAAAAUUAAGAUAUCAAUACCUAGAAGAAUUAGUAGCAGACAGAGAAAAGGCAGUCUUUGCAUUAAAAAAGGAAUUAGAAAAGUAUCUACACUUGGCCAAGGAAAUUGAUGAAGGGCGAAUACCUGAAGGGAUACAUGCACUAUUGGAGGAUACUACAAUUGAAGAUUUUAAACAAGAACUUUAACUUCCUCUUACGUAUAACAUUGUGAUAUUUGGGCUCUUUUUUGUAGUUAUUUCUGUUUUAAAUUAAGUAAUAUUACAAUCUUAAUACCCAUUGUUAAGUAGUUAUUAUAAAUUUCAUAUUAUUGAUAUGAAAGUUUGUAUUAACACACAUGAAAAAAUUAAAGGAUGCAACAUAUUUUAUUAA